UCUGAUGCAGUUUGCUGAAUAUCUUUCUUAGUUUCUCAGAUAAACCAGAUGCUUUAGCAACCAAGGCAUCACCAUGUGCAUUACUUUUGUCUGUGUCAGGUUGUUCUCUGAAUUUUCCUGUAUUUUGACGGUCUGUUUAAUGUCUGCUCUGUUGUCCUGUUUAAUGUGUGUGCAUAUUUCCUCCCUUCUCAGUGGGUGGUGAGUCAUUGGUUGUGGAUUUGUUUUGUAGACGCACAUUUCACCUUUACAUUGUUUUUGAAGUUUUCACAUGCAAUACCCCUCAUGUUGCUGUUGCAGUUGCAGGUGCGGACUCGCUCAGUGGGAACCAACACGCAGGAGCCGGGAAAGGCCUGCGAUACCCCCACACACAUGGGGCCAUGCCAGCCGGGCACCAGUGUCAACCUAGAGGGAAUUGUGUGGCACGAAACAGAGGAAGGUGUGCUUGUAGUGAAUGUCACAUGGAGGAAGAGGACCUAUGUAGGAACUCUUCUAGACUGCACCAAACAUGACUGGGCACCUCCAAGAUUCUGUGACUCACCGUCCACUGAUGCUGAAUCGCAAGGAGGACGUGGCCGCAGCAAACGGAUGCGAUUGGCCAUUUCCGAGCCAGUGCUGGUGGAGCCUCUUCUUCCAAAGGUUCGAGCACUACCGCACAAGAGACGUGGCAUCAGCAGCAAGGGACGAAGAGGAAGCCUCAACCUGCUCAACAACUGCAGGACGCCUCCAUACUACACAGAGGAAGAGCUGAAACCUACUCCGUUACUGCAAGGGAAGAGGAAAAUCAAAGCUCCCGCCGAACUGGACCUGACGUUGGUAAACGAAGAGGUCAAGAAUGGUAACGGGAAAAGGAUACGAGCCAAAUCUCGUAGCGCGCCCACCACACCCCAGGGGAAGUCCGACCCAGUGUUCCUGGAGCAGACUGCGUGCCCGUCGCCGAUGCUGAUUGACUGCCCCCACCCAAACUGUAACAAGAAGUACAAGCAUAUUAACGGACUGCGGUACCACCAGUCACAUGCACACUUAGAUGCUGAUAGGAAACCAGACUUUGGGGUAGAGAGUGAGGAUCGGCUCACUGAUGAGGAGGAGAGUAGCGGCGGGCCGUUGAGGAGCUUGACCUUCAGCUGUACUGACAAUAACAGCCCUUCGUCCUCUUCCUCUAAAAAGGCAAACUCUCCACCCAAGCUUGGUGUGGUAGGACCAUUGAAGAGCAGAAAGAUGAUGGUAAGUAUGGACACAGGCCCUUUGAUCGCUUCCAAAUCACGAAGGCAUCUAGUAACCAAAGAUGGUUCUGCUGAUGACUUGAGCAACCUACCGAUCAUCUCAAACAUGACCGUGGUUUUGGAGAACUGCCUUAUUACUGACCGUAGUUCCUCAGUAGAAAUGCCAAAGCUGGAGGCUGAAGACUUGAUUGACAAGACUGAGAUUGUUGACCCGAUUAAAAAAGAACUGGGAAAAACAGAGAAAUCGUCAAAGGUUAAGGGUGGAAGGUUCAUUGUGACGCCUCCUGCUCCUCCAAAGCUCAUUGCCAUUCCAACAACCACGCUGUCUUCUAGCAGUGCAGAUGCCACGUGCCAUUAUUCAUCUCCCACUGUCUCUCUCACAAAAACCAAAAGUCUUAACGUGAAACCCAUCAAGCCAAAACUAGACAUGAUUGUGCAGCCUACUCUACCAAGUCCAACCCUGGUCACUUGCAAAGAUAGUAAAAGGAAAGACAAACAAAGACUUAAAGACAGACACUCAAAGGACAUCAGAACAAUAAAGUCGGAAAAUGUACACAUUAAAAUGGAAGAAUCUAAAGUUAUGGCGAAAGACUUUUCCAUUAGCCUUUUGAAGGAACACUUGAGUAAGCAAGAGGUCUCCAAUGGUUCAAGCGAGACUCAGGAGAGUCGAAUGGCCAGUAUAAGAGCUGAGGCUGACAAAGUUUACACAUUCACUGACAAUGCUCCAAGUCCUUCAAUCGGUGGUUGCUCCAGACUUGACUCAAGCUGUAUUGCAAAUGGCGAUAACACCACCAGUAAGACAAAUAGCCCUGCUUACUCAGAUAUAUCAGAUGCCGCGGAUGACGGUGCUUCGGACGGCCGAUUUAACACAAAGCUGAAAGUAAACUCCAACACUGACUCAAACCCCAUCCACAGUAUAACAUCCAGGGUUGCCCCUGGCACUGUAAAAGACACCCAAUCUUCUCCUCUCUACCAAGGUUACGACGCUUACUGUCUCCAGGGAUAUGUUCAUGCAGGGCAGGCAAGCUCCUCCUCUUUCCUCAAGGUCUCUACUGCAUACGAUGGCAAAAUGAAAAAUGACGAUUUAGAUGAAGUAGCUGAAGAGUUUAAAAUCACAGAAUCAACCGACUCCAAGAAAAAGGACUUGGGUAUCUCCAGCUCUCAGUCACAGCUUCAGAUGGUGAUGACAGACACUCAAACCACACUGGCUCAGUCCCUUUACUAUGGGCAGUAUUCCCGAGGUAUGAAAAUUGACCAAAAGCUGCUAACGCCAUCAGUUGGUAGCCAUGGCAGACCGAAACCUUUUGAGGCAAGUCCUGAGGAAGUGCAGCAUAACAAACUAAAAGCAGCCCAUAUGGUGCGGGACCUGGAGCACAGUGAACAAAAAGACGAACUGCGAGAUAUGUCUGUAUCAAGUGUUAUCUCUAAAGGGGUCAACUCUGUUAAGGCCAGUGGUGGCAACAAAAUUGGACAGCACUCGUACUUUGAGCUGGAGAAGCCCCAGCAGCAGGUUAAGUCUGCCCUCAUCACACUGAUGAAAGACCAGAGACUUGAGCUUGAGGAACACAAGUCUGCUGGCAAGGACUUGCCCGAACAGAUCCAACUGGACUCAAAUGUGUCAUGUGUUAAUAAUGAUUGUGAGCCCCUGUGCUGGGCUAGACCCUACCCUGCCAAGUACACCACCUUGCUGAAUCAGGAGAUGGCCAACAAGGGCCCAACAGAGCUCCACUCAGACAAGGCUAAAGAUCUGGACAGGCCUCCUGAAUCAGACACCAAGAUGGGAGUGGAGUUGCUAAACAAGGAGCCAGAGAGUCCUCGGAGAGAGGACCACGAAGAGAUUGGCGAUAAAGCCUACGAUCGGGACACGAUGGGGGAAGCCCAUGAGUUGAAGAGCGGGCCUCUGGGAUGUGGGAGCUUAGCGUUGAGCCCUCAGCAGCAGUCCUACGUUCAGUACCAGCACUCCUAUCCAUUCUUGCACCUGUGUGAGCCCAGUAACCAUGCCUACAGGGUUAUGUCCCCAGCACUCGUGUCCAGUUACGCAGGUUUUCACUAUCCCUUGUAUGGGAAGACUGCUGGGAGGGAGGAGUCAGAGUUGUCAUCCCAGACUAGCAGCAGCAGCAUGAGCAGCAAAGCGUCCAGUGACCCCACCCCCCUGGAGUUGUGCCAGCAUAACAACCAUGGGAGCAUGUCAUACCAUGGGAAAUCUCCUGUGCCUGGUGAGAGAGGAUCCCCAGAGUGUGAGAGAGACGUGGAUCAGGAGAGGGAGCCCAUGCCGUACUCUCAGCACGUCCACACCCACCAUCAUACCCACCUUGGCAUGGGCUACACCCUCAUGCCCGGACAAUAUGAUCCCUACCCAGGUUUAAGCCCCACUGCUGUAGUCUCCAGUCAGAAGACACAUAAUACAUCCACUGAGAGUGAUGGCAAAAUAUGAAUCAGUGGGAUGGCGUGACUGGCUCACGUUAGGAUAUAAAGAUUCAAAGACAUCAAUUCCAUGGUGUUAAUCAUUACCUCCGUGGGAGGGUGAAAACCAAUUUCAUUUCUUGUUAAUGAAACAAAGAUUAACAAUGCAGUGCUUUUUUCAAUACUGGCAGUAUGGUACUACAGUAUGUUUAAACAAUAUACUAAUUUUGACAUGGUGAGAAGGCUUUGUAACAUAUCUGCUUUGGGUCCUUGUCAUUAUUACAUUUUAAGGGUGUACAUGUGAAGGGAAAGUAAAAGGUCUAUAAAAUAUUUGGGGUCCAUAGAAUGUGCCGUGGAAUUUUAGAAUCUUAUACAACUGUAGAACACAUUCUUUUCUGGAAUGUUCAAAAUCUCACAUCCUUUUAAAGGCUGAACGACAUAAAAUAACAUCACAGAAUCCCACCAUCACAAAACACUGUAUUGCGCUGUUUGUACGUAUUGUGUGACCGCAAAUAUUGAAUGUAUUUAAAUAUCAUCUUAUCCACUGUGUGCUUAGUGAGGGUAAUAACAGAUGGGGCAAGGUGGCUGUGGCUGUCAACUCAUCUGAAUUUGCUCAGUUGGCAUUUGUUAAACUCAAAGAGACCAGAGAUGGAGAUCGCAGAUUCAGCGAGUAGAAAACCUGUCAUGUCCUGUGUACUUAUUGUAACACAGGGGUAGAGCUACUCAUUUGAUGAUGUGCGUGCUCACCUGGUAUAGAAAAUAUACGGAUAAAAUAUACAUAUUUUUUACUCUCUGAAAAUUGAGAUCUCCAUCUCUACAAGAGACUGCUACCGUCACUUGUCUGUUGUUGUAUAUGUCUGAUGAUAUGAGCGGCUCUUGUUGCCUUUCCCAGUGCCAUAGAUCUGUGCUGUACAUCCUUUAGUAGCAAAAUGUUGCAAGCUUAAACUGUACAUGUUUCUUUUUUCAAAUGAAAGUACAGUAUGGUGUAGGCUACUGUUAAAAAAAAGUAAAGCAUAGUACCAACUUCCAAGUUAAGGAAACAUGCAGCUUGGGUCUUUUUUUUGACAUAGUGGUAUGCGACUUUUGGUCACUGUUUGAGAUAUUCUUGUUCAAAUUAAUUUUAGUACCAUGUUCCCAAAUUAACGAAUGCUCACAAAUAAACACAGAGUUAUUCCCACCAGCCAUCAAAGCUACACAAUGCAUAUGCAAAUAAAUGGAAAAAAAUGAUUUUUUUUUAAAAGGUUUUGUGCCUAUUAGGUCACUGGGGCACUAAUCUUAAAAUAAAAAACUCUGGUGUUGCUGGGAGUUAUGAUUAAGUGAAGGUGAAGUAAAAAGGCCCAUUCAGCAUGUUGCCUUAUUUUUGUAAGUUGAUUCUAGGUUUCACUUAUGCAGUCAGCACAAUGUUCACUUGCAUAUCAGUAAAUUUCCUUUUGUUUACUCAAAUAGUGCUGCAGAACCGACAUGUUUACAAGUGCAACUUCCCUCGAGAGCAACACUUAUUGAUGUAGCCUUGUCAGUUCCACCUGUCGUUAUUUUGAUAAAUGUUAUGGCUUUGACAGUAAAAAUGUCUGUUCAUUUUUUUAUACAAUACUUGGCUUAACACCUGGCAAUUCAAAUAAAAGCAACAA